CCAAACUUAAGGGGUAAAAAAUGUCAAAUUCACCAAGGAACUACCCGCGUCCCUCUAAUCAGUCAGCACUAUAAAAUGAGUACAAGGGUCAUAGAGCACGGUUCACGGUUGAAUGAGGCAAGGAGAGGCCUUUGGGAGUUUUUCGAGGACCGUUUUGCCCCUCUUCCUUGAUGACCACCCUAACCGGUGGCUCAUCUUAAGCCGAUGAUUUCUCCGACCACCGUCAAAACGGCCCUUAAAAGAGAUUAAGCUAAGCACAAAUCUCUGCACUUCCAUUUUCUCUCUCCUCCUUUGAAUGCUUACGCUAUCCAUUUCCUGCCUUUUCUAUGCAUGCAUCUAAUCUAAUCAUCCCCUAAUCCUUCACCAUAACACCAACCAUUAGAGGCUGUGAUGAGUUUAAACCGUUCAAAGUAGUCAAUUUCAGUUUAUGUUUGGAGAAUUUUUCAGAGGUGUGUGGUAAUUUACCAUUUGGCUUGGCAGAAAUCAAAUGAUGCGAUCCGUAAAGGUGCUGUCGAAUUGAAUCUUUGUUUGGUUUAGGGUUUAUGGUUUAGGGUUUUGGGUCCAAUUUGAUUCAUUUGCCGCCAUGGGAGACUUCCCCACCUCAAAUUCUUCACUAAAUUGUUUGAUGAAAUGUGGGUCUGAGCCUCCUAAAAAGAAAACCCAGAUUCAGGGGGAAACAGUUGGAAGCUAAGCUAGCAGGGUUGACAAGGUAAUACGUGUACACUUUUACAUUGUAAAAAAAUGUUUGUGGUUUGAAUUUUGGGAGGAUUCUGUAUCUGUUAUUGGUAAAUAGGCAUGAAUGGAUGAAAUAUUUGUUUGCAUGUGGUUUCUGAUUUGAUAAAGUUCAUCUCUGUCACCGGGAUUCUUCAUUUUAUCUCAAAUACGAGUGUCAGAUAUGGGACAUGGACAUGGACACUUCAUUUUUUACCAAAAUCAUGACUCUUUCACAAAAUAGCCAUGUCGGAUCACAUGUACCCGUGUAACAUAGAAGUUCAUGAUUUUUCUUGUUUUUGGGUGUGAAAGUUCCCAAGUUAUUUGCUCAAUAUAUCAUGGAGUAUUUAAAUGAUUCUGUAUUAGUUUAAGGUUCCGUGUUGGUUUAAAAGAAGCAAUUAAAGAUUCUGAUUUGUAUUGGUUUACGGUUUAUGAAGAGGAUAUUAAGCUGGAUACAAUUGAGGUGGUAGGAUGUUGAAUUGGUAAAAUCAGGUGCUGAUGAAGAUUGGUUUGUUAAUGGUUGAAAUUAACAUAUCAGGAUCAGCUGUUCAAAGGCCAGUAUGAGAUGAAAAUUAUAAGGUAGUUGUAAAAAAUGACAAUCACCAACAAAUAAUUUCUUUUACUUUUACUUUUUACUUUUUGUCCCAAAAUUAAUUAAAUCAUUUUACAAAAUAUGAAAAGUUAGUUUUUUAUUCCGUAUUUUUUAAUUUUGUGAAAAUCAAAAACUAAUUUUCAAAAUUGUGUAAAAAAUAAUUAGGAAAAAUUAAGUUAGUUGACCUCCUAGACAAAAAACUUAGUUGACUUACUUGAUCAUCCAUGGGAACACUACCGACUUAACCACCCAUUGCAUGGAAGACAUGUUCAAACGACAUUGUUAAAAUUAGAUAAAAUUGCUUCGUAUGUCGGAAUGCGGUCAUGGAUUAACUCCGCGUUGAUUCUGGCCCUUGCUGCUAUAUCAAUAGUCUCGUAACAGAAUGAUCACCCCUAAAAAGAGAAGAGAAGUACUUUGGACGAGAAUUAGAAGGAAAGGAAAAUAAUGAAUGGUGGUUUGUAGAGAGAUAGAAAGGGAAGUGGUGAGUGGUGGUUUGUAGAGAGACAGAAAGGGAAGUGGUGGAAAAUGGAAAGAAAAGGGGACCUCUAUUUAUACAUACGGAGUACCAACUAAUAAGAAAAAGGGAACCUUAUGGAUUGAAUGUAUAACAUCCCUAUUCCCAUUUCCAUCCAUUUGCAUACACUUUAUUUUUUCUGUAGGCGCACAAGUUAUUGACUUAUUGAUAUCUUGCCAAGUUAAUCCACCUAUGAGCAAACCUAUGAUGUACUAUGUUUCAAACAUGUAGACUACAUAGAUUCCUUGUGUGUAAGUCAUUUCCUGUCUAAUGUUCAAGAUUGAUUCUGUAAAUCAUUUAGAAUUACUGUUGAUAAAUUUAUUGUGUGCUUAUAUAUUUUCUGAUUUCUACGGCUUUUGUUUUCAAGACCUAAUAAAAGUUGAAUGUAUUAUAUAUAUUAUGGGCGAACUUCCAGCAAAAUCAAAUAGUUGAAGAUUUUACAUAUUCUAGUCCCAAUCUUAAGUCAAAAUAGAUAUGCUGGUUGUUAAAAUAAUCAUACAUCUUUGUAGUUGGUUUAGUUUUGACUAUUGUACUGCUAAGAUAGUCAAUUUCUGAUGCACAAUUUUCUACUAGAGUAACAGUGUUCUCUAUGUGUGAACGUUAUAAUGUAAGCAUUUUAUCAUGAUGAAGUAAAUGGCAUGUUUCUGAUGACAUAUUUUAAGGGAAAAAACUGGCUUAAAAACAUAAUGUGGAGGUACAAUUUUACUAUACUUGUGACAAAUUAAAGCACUUUAUAAAUUUCAUUGACUAGUAUGAAUGUAUGAAAUCCAAUUGAUGAUAGACCUGUGUUAUCCCUUUUAAGACUUUGUCAAAGGCGAGUAAAUGCUUUUUGUUGAAAUCUGAGUUUUGAUUUGUCUUCUGAUGUUUCAGUCAUAUUUUUAUAGUUUUGGUAUGAAGAAACCUUUAUAAACAUGUAUUGUCCAAAACUUAGCAACCUAAUUAAAAUGACAUGCUCCUCAUUUUACUUGGUUAUUUGUGCUACUAUGCUGUUCUGUCUUCAUUUCAGUGCAGCUGACCCUAGGAAUAAUGGGACGGAUCGUGAAUCUCUGCUUGAAAUCAAAGCCAAAAUAACCGAUGAUCCUUUAGGUAUCCUGAGUUCGUGGAAUGACACAAUCCACUUCUGUGAAUGGCAUGGAGUAAUUUGUCAAAGCCAGAGAGUGACGUCACUAAACUUGCGAUCUUUCAAACUAACAGGUACCCUCUCUCCUUACGUAGGAAAUUUAAGCAAUCUUAGGAUGUUGUCUCUUCAAAAUAACAGCUUUGUUGGUAUACUUCCACCUGAACUCGGCCGUUUGCAAAGGUUGCAAUAUCUGGGGUUCACUAAUAAUUCCAUUGAGGGGGAAAUUCCAGCUAAUAUAUCCGGUUGUUCUAGCCUAAUGGAGCUGCGUGGCAAUGGUAACAGGUUAGUUGGAGGGAUCCCAAGGCAGCUUGGUUUCCUUUUACACUUGCAGUAUGUUUCCUUGUCACUAAACAACUUGACAGGAACAAUCCCUUCUUCUAUAGGAAAUUUAUCAUCUCUUUCUCAACUUUACGUAGGAGGAAACAACUUGAUUGGAAGGAUCCCAGAUAGCCUAGGCAAACUUAAAAAUCUGGUUGUUCUGGCACUAUCCCAAAAUAUGUUGUCAGGAAUUGUCCCUCCCUCAAUCUACAACCUAAGUUCCCUUACAACUUUUGAUUUAGGGUUCAAUCUCUUGGAAGGCAACCUUCCUUCGUCUUUAGGUAUCACUCUUCCUCAUCUCCAGUUCUUAUUAUUGAGUGUUAACAGAUUCACUGGAUCAAUUCCUGUUACGAUCUCUAAUUCUUCCGAUCUAGUAUUUCUCGAAUUAGCUCAGAAUAAUCUACAAGGGCAAGUUCCUUCUUUUCAUGAAUUUCAUAGACUCACACAGCUUAACCUUGCAGGAAACUCCCUUGGGAUGGGUCAGACAGGUGUUGAUGAUUUUAACUUUGUUUUUUCCUUAGCCAAUGCCUCCAUGCUAGAAGUAUUGAUCAUAAGUCAAAAUAACUUUGGAGGAAAUUUCCCCCAAUUCGUAUGCAAUAUAUCAAUGCUUUCAUAUUUAACACUUGACAGAAAUCAGAUAGUUGGACAGAUUCCAUUUUGCAUAGAAAACUUAUUAAACUUACAGUACUUUGAUGUUUCAACAAACCAACUCUCUGGUGUCAUUCCCCAAGGUAUAGGCAAGCUCCAAAACCUGAUUCAGUUGUAUUCAAUGGAUAACCGCUUAUCAGGUAAUAUACCAUCUUCAAUCGGAAACUUAACUAACCUAAGUCUUCUCGAACUCUCCAAGAAUAACUUUGAAGGAGAAAUACCCUUAUCCCUACAAAAAUGUCAAAACUUACUAGGAUUGGAUCUUUCUCAAAAUAAUCUUAGUGGCAGGAUACCCUCAGAACUACUUAGUGUCUCCUCCUUAUCCAGAACUCUUGAUCUGUUUGGCAACCAGUUAACCGGGUCCCUUCCCAAGGAAGUAGGAGAACUAGUUAAUUUAGUGUAUCUUGAUGUAUCCGGAAACAUGCUGUCAGGUGAAAUACCGAGUACUCUUAGUGGUUGUGUGGCGUUACAGAAUCUAUACAUGGGAGGUAACUUUUUCCAAGGAUCCAUUCCUAAUGCAUUGCAGACAUUGAAUGGUCUUCUCGAGUUAGAUUUGUCAUAUAAUAAUCUAUCUGGCGAAAUUCCUAAAUUCCUGGCAAGUCUCCCAUUGAAACUGUUAAACCUGUCCAACAAUACCUUAGAGGGAGAGGUUCCUGUUGGCGGGGUUUUCAACAAUGCAACUGGUGUUGCAUUGGUUGGAAACAGUGGGCUUUGCGGAGGCAUACCUAGGUUCAAGCUUCCUAACUGCCAAUUAAACAAGCACCGGAAAAGAAGGUUAGGCCACAAAAUGAGAUUACUUAUUGCAAUUCUUUUAGGGCUUCUUGGAGUUAUUUUGCUGGUGGCAUUUUCUGUGUCAUUAUACAUCUUUUGGUACAAAAAGAGGACUAUAGAAUCUACAGCUUCUAGAGAUUCUGAAAGCUUUCCAAAAUUGUCUUACCAAAGCCUUUUAAACGCCACAAAUGGAUUCUGUUCAGACAAUUUAAUUGGCAGAGGCUCCUUUGGAGUUGUAUACAAAGGAACCCUUGAAAGUCAUGAGAAAACAACUGUUGCCAUCAAGAUUUUCAAUCUUAAGCAUCAUGGUGCUUCUAAGAGUUUCAUGGCUGAAUGUGAAGUUCUUAGGAACAUCAGACACCGGAAUCUUACCAAAGUCAUAACAGCUUGCUCAAGUGUUGAUUAUCAAGGAAAUGAUUUCAAGGCUUUGGUUUAUGAUUACAUGGUUAACGGGAGUUUGGAAGAUUGGUUGCACCUGAAGGACGACACAAAUAACACACUCCGUAUCUUAAAUCUUCAACAAAGACUUGAUAUAGCAUUUGAUGUUGCAAAUGCAUUGGAGUAUCUUCAUCAUCAACAUGGGGCAUCAAUUGUUCAUUGCGACCUCAAGCCAAGCAAUGUCCUCCUUGAUGAAAAUAUGGUUGCCCAUCUAAGUGACUUUGGGUUGGCUAAAUUCAUCUCAGAAAGCGUCAGUAGCUCACAAGAGGAUCAGUAUAGCUCUCUUGGAGUCAGGGGAACUAUUGGGUACACUCCUCCAGAGUAUGGUUUGGGAAACAAGGUGUCUACUUAUGGAGAUGUCUACAGUUUUGGGAUCCUUUUACUAGAAAUGUUUACAGGAAAGAGACCUACUGAUGACAUGUUCAAAGGCGAUAUGAGCCUCCGCCAUUUUGUUGAAGAAGCUUUGCCUGAACGGGUAACUGAGAUUCUAGAUCACGCUCUUCUGAAUGAUCUAACUGCAGUGGAGACCAAGUGCAACACAAUACUGGAGGCGGCCUUGGUUUCUGUUCUUGAAAUUUCAGUUUCCUGCUCAACUGAUAUCCCACAAGAAAGGUUGGACAUGAGUAAUGUUUGUAUGAAGUUAUCAUCAAUUCGAAACAAACUUCUCAAUUUCCAUCAGGUACACAGCUGAUUGAUGUCUUGCAAAAAUGAUCUGCACAUCUGCCCAUGAGCAAACCUGUGAUUUAACACAAUGUAGAAUUAGCUGCAUAUAUGUUUUCUCAUCUGUAUGUCUUUGGUUAGUAUUAUUUUCAUCCUUUGAUAAGUAAGUGUGGAAACAAAUAAUGCUAAGACAGUACUGCGUUUAUUAUACAGUAUCUGGUGUCUUCAUUUGGGGACAUGAAUCAUCAUAUAAUAUGGAAACUAUAAGAACAAUCCCAAGAUGCUGCCAUAUUAUAAUUAUUAUAGUCA